AUUUUGGGCCCGGGUCGGUUUAUUUGGGGCCGGGGUCCCCGCGCUCGGGGGGGGGUCUCAGCCGUCGCCCCCCCGCAGGCCGGGCCGGGGGUCGCGGGGCCCCCCCGGGGGCGGCAGCGGCUGGAGGCGCUGCUGAACCGCAGCCUCCGCAUCCGCAUGUCGGACGGGCGGACCCUGGUGGGCGCCUUCCUGUGCACGGACCGCCAGAGCAACGUGAUCCUGGGCUCGGCGCAGGAGUUCCUCAAGGCCGCAGGUCCGGGGGGUCCUGGG